CCAGAGAAAGAAAUAAAAAUAAAAAAGAAGAGAAAGGAAAUAAGCAAAAUAUCAAUACCCCUUAACCAUUCAAUGGCACUUUUCACAUUUCGUUCCAGGCACCUCCCACCCGCGAAACCCGGAGGUCGUCGUCGUCGCUCCGAUUCAUCCUCUCAAUCCACUGAUCCUCCCUCACAAGCGCCUCGUGCUCAACCUCCUCCAUGAUUCUCAGCUCCGCCAGCAUGUCGUCAAUCAGCGAGCGCGAUCCGUCUAGCAUCUUCUCCAAGCUCGACUUUUCGUCCUCUUCCGGCGGCUCGGUGUAAAACUCAUCCCGACACAAGUCGUCGAUAUCGCUGAGCUGCUGCCUCCAUUCGUCUAGAUGUUUAAUGAGAUCUUCACGCUCUUCUUUCCACCUGGCAUCCAAGUCUUCGAUGAAAACUCUGUCAUCCCCUUGGACUUGCACGACCCCUCUCCUUCUCGCAUCCUCCAUCUCGCUCACCCCAUCAAUCCAAUUCUCGAAAUGUCGUACCACACGAGCAUAUCGGCCACCCGGGUCGCUCAGUGACCAUACGUUCGUGAUGAUGGAUUCCAAAGACUGAAUCUUCUCGUCCAGUCUACCUCCACUGCCCCAUCUUCUGAGCGCGAGCACAUUCCGCUUCUCCAGCGCAGCACUCUCCUGCUCAGCAACCUCCCUGCUCUCUUCACUUAGCUUUUGGAACCGGCUUCCCAAUUUCUGUUUGGCACUCGCUCGCCAUUCGGCAUCUACAGUUGGAGCCUCCUGAUGCAGCAGAUACAGCUGUAGAAGUUCUGCCUGAAGCUUGCUAACCUCGGCAGACGCAGCAAUAUUAGCUGGCAACUUGGAGGGCGAAGGGGGGGCUAGAUGUGACGCAGAAGGUUUAGCAGACAGAGACUUCCCCGGCGAGCUGGGUCGCUGUAGGGAAGGAUUUGAAGGUCGUUUCAAUUGGGACGCUUGGUCUGAUGACAGCAACGUACCAGCAGAGGAUGGCUUGGAAAGUCUAGACACCACUCUACUGAGAGUCGCCAGCGACGGCUUACGAAACGUCGACAUCUUUUCAGUAGAGGGAGCUCGGCGUUCUAGCUUUGGUUGUCCCGUCGGAGUCGCAGCCCGGCUACUAGCAGCUGAAUUUGCAGACCGGGUGGUGGUUGGAGUAAUAGAUCGAGUCGUGGAGGUUCUAGUCGCAGAUCGGGCAGAGAUGGAGAACGUGGUAGCGCGAGACAGCCCUCCUACCGAGGGGGAUCUCGUCCGAUUCGAAGGCGGCGUCUUCGCAUUUACCGACGAAGGCGUAGCCGGCCCCCCUGAAGCUGAGAAAGUAUUGGACCGAGCCAUGGCAGUCGGUGUUACUGAUCGUCGAGUCGUCGUUGGUACGCCCGCCUGGGCUGUUGGUGUUGCGGGCCGUCGGAUUGGAUCUCUCGACCUCGACGUGGGCUUCACCACGGUUGGUCCAGCGAGGUUUGUGGCCGAGCUUCUUGUAUACGCAAGUCCCGUCGACCUUCGCUCCAGUUCUUUUGGCUUUCCCUCCAUUGAUAUGCUCGCAGACCUCCCCCUCGUCUGGAUGGAGGGUCUAGUCAUGGUUGUCGAUGGUGGAUAUUUGUUGGUCGCGGCCGUCUUCUCCUUUCUCGCCAUCACCUCCUUCGUUGCCAUCGUCAUUGACCUCGCCAGACGCCCGGGCAUUGGCGGCGCACCAGGAGCCCUAGCAUUGCUGUUGGUGGCCGUGUUCUUCAAGCUGUUCGUCGAGCUGCUGGAACUAGAAGCUACCGAGACGCUUGAGGCGCCUCGGGCACCAUAUCUGGGCAGCCGACUUGGCGACGUACUUCGGGGCACCGACGCCUCUCGAGUGCUAGACGAUCGGGUCGGUAUUUGUGGGAUGCCCGUGUUUGAGCGUACCGAGCGCGAGCGAGGAAUUGACGACAUGGCGGUGAUGCUGGAGGUUGGGAAAUAA